CGACAACAUACUUUAUAUAUCAGGAAAUGAAGCGCGUAUUCCGUUGGUCUCCCAUGGAGCAGAGACCGAAUAUUUCAAGGUUCGUCACAGGCAGAGAUAGAGAACAAGUAUGAAUAAAAGUUGAAAACCACCAACUACUUUCCCACCAUUUCUAGGGAGAAAGAAACACGGUUUCAGAGAUAGUAUGAGAGGGUUUUAGGGAGGAAGGGAGAGAGAGAGAGAGGGGAUUUAGAAGAAUGAGUAAAGAAGAUGAUGAUGACCCAGAAAAGAGGAAGUCGAAAUCAGGGCCGUACGACUGGUUGACGAACUUUCACCGCGAUCUGAUGGCGGGCGCCGUGUUGGGCGGGGUGGUGCACACGAUUGUCGCCCCAAUAGAGCGAUCGAAGCUCAUCUUGCAGACUCAAGAGAGCAACCUGGCGAUUGUUGGAGGCAGUGGGGGUAGGAGGAGGUUCAAGGGAAUGCUCGAUUGCAUCGUCCGUACGGUCCGAGACGAAGGCAUUCUCUCUCUUUGGAGAGGCAAUGGGAGCAGCGUUAUUCGCUAUUACCCUUCUGUCGCUCUCAAUUUCUCACUCAAGGAUCUCUAUAGAAGCAUGUUAAGAAGUGGAAACUCUGGAUGUAGUCAUUUUCUAUCUGGUCCAUCUGCCAAUUUUAUCGCUGGGUCUGCAGCCGGUUGUACAACAUUGAUCUUAAUAUAUCCUCUUGAUAUUGCACACACCCGUCUCGCUGCUGAUAUUGGGAAAAGUGAAGUUCGUCAAUUUCGAGGCAUCUACCAUUUCUUGACUACCAUACGCAAAAAAGAUGGGAUUCGGGGGGUUUACAGAGGGCUUCCUGCCUCUCUACAUGGGAUGGUUGUUCACCGCGGCCUUUAUUUUGGAGGCUUUGAUACGAUAAAAGAGAUGCUCUCAGAAGAAUCAAAGCCCGAGUUGCCAUUGUGGAAGCGAUGGGUGGUGGCUCAAGCGGUCACAACAUCUGCCGGGUUGUUGUCAUAUCCAUUGGAUACCGUACGGAGGCGGAUGAUGAUGCAAUCCGGCUUGGAACGGCCUAUGUACAAUAGCACACUGGACUGCUGGAGGAAGAUUUAUAGGACAGAGGGGUUGGCUUCAUUUUAUCGCGGGGCUCUUUCAAAUAUGUUAAGGAGUACUGGUGCUGCUGCCAUCUUGGUCUUAUAUGACGAGGUGAAGAAGUUCAUGAACUGGGGGAGAUUGUAGCAGGAAACCAUGCAUUUUGGUCGGUCAUUUCAUCUUUAACACAAGGUUUAAAGUAGGUUAGAAUGAUGAAGCAAAAUGCGAUUUACAAGCGGAAAAUUUUGUAAGGCGCAAAUGAUAGCAUUACACACUUCAUUGGCCACUUCGCUUUUUGAGGCUCUGGCAAUUGACACCUUGAUUUUUUGUUUAAAAAAAAUAAUGCUUUUUAGAAUGUGUU